CUUUUCGCGACGCCUUGAGUCGGAUACCAGCUACGAUCCGCGUUAUUUACAACACGUGGGGGACGCGCUAAAUGCAAAUCUGAUCCGGACACCGAUGCAUCCGCUAAAGAUGUUUAAAUUUGCCAAAGGGGUGGAUCUGACCGGCAUAUUGAUCUGAUUCAUCUUCUGCGUUUCCUUCGCUCUGACAAUAGCAGCACACGCCUGAUCGGCGAAAAGGGGGGGGGGGGGGAUAUUAGUUUGUUUCAGCGCUUUGUCGGAAAGUAUUUCGCCUGUUUUCAUGCUGCUUAAGCGACGCGCAUGCGUUUGCUGCCAUCGGGAUUAUCGCCGUACCCAGGACUAAGUUGCAUCUUUCGGAUCCUCACUCGAAGCCGUACCCUUUGCACAAAGUUAGUAAUGUGGACAGUUCAAGACCGAGGUUGUGCAGGGAUUUUGUUCCUGCCUUUGAUGAUAGCCAUGGUCCGCUGUGCGCAAAGCGCAACUGAGCCCAGAAACAUGUCAUACGUGAAAUCAACGGUGGAUAAAUUGCUCAAAGGAUAUGACAUUCGUUUAAGGCCCGAUUUCGGAGGUGCUCCAGUCGAUGUCGGGAUGAGCAUAGAUAUCUCCAGCAUCGACAUGGUCUCGGAAGUCAAUAUGGACUACACCCUCACCAUGUACUUCCAGCAAUCGUGGAGGGACAAACGUCUCUCCUACACGGGAAUCCCGUUGAAUCUGACGCUAGACAACCGGGUGGCGGACCAGCUGUGGGUGCCUGACACCUACUUCAUCAACGACAAGAAGUCCUUCGUGCACGGCGUGACGGUGAAAAACCGCAUGAUCCGGCUGCAUCCGGACGGCACCGUGCUCUACGGCCUGAGAAUCACCACAACGGCUGCCUGCAUGAUGGAUCUCCGUCGGUACCCGCUUGACGAACAGAACUGCACGCUGGAGAUCGAGAGUUACGGCUACACCACCGAUGACAUCGAGUUCUACUGGAAAGGUGGCAGCGCUGUCACGGGGGUGGACAACAUCGAGCUGCCCCAGUUCUCCAUCAUCAAUUACGAAACGCUCUCCAAAAAAGUGGUCUUCACCACAGGAUCUUACCCCCGGCUCUCCUUGAGCUUCAAGCUGAAGAGGAACAUCGGCUACUUCAUCCUGCAGACCUACAUGCCCUCCAUCCUCAUCACCAUCCUCUCCUGGGUCUCCUUUUGGAUCAACUACGACGCCUCGGCUGCCAGAGUCGCGCUAGGGAUUACCACGGUGUUGACCAUGACCACCAUCAGCACCCACCUGCGUGAGACCCUACCCAAGAUCCCCUACGUCAAGGCCAUCGACAUCUACCUGAUGGGCUGCUUCUUCUUUGUCUUCUUGGCGUUGCUGGAGUACGCCUUUGUCAACUACAUCUUCUUCGGCCGGGGUCCCCAUCUACAGAAGAAGGCAGCAGACAAGGCUACCAAGACCAAUAAUGAGAAGGCCGGUUUGGAGAGCAACAAAGUGCAGGUGGAUGCUCACGGCAACAUCCUCCUGACCAGCCUGGAGAUCCGCAACGAAGUGACAGGCGCGGAGAUGCUGGCAGGCCUCGGUGACCCGCGGCCGGGUGUCUUCUCCUUCGACAACGCCAGCAUCCAGUACCGGCGGCCCAUAAUGGCCCGCGACCUCUACGGGCGCCCCCCCGCCGACCACCCCACGACGCUCCACAAGAAGGGCCGCCUGCGGAGAAGAGCCUCACAGAUCAAGGUCAAGAUCCCCGACCUGACAGACGUCAACGCGAUAGACAAGUGGUCCCGCAUGAUCUUCCCCAUCGCUUUCACCUUCUUCAACCUGGUCUACUGGCUUUACUACGUCCACUAGACCAGUGCUCUCUCUCUCUUCCCUCAGCUGGGCUCAUCCAUCCACUUCAUUCUCAGCCAAUGCUUUUCCGCUCUUAAUCCAAAGGAUCACGGUGGAGUUUAAAUUUAGUCUCAACUGCCAGGUAAAGUUUAGCAUUUUUUUUUUUUUUUUUUGCUUGUGAAACUAUGAACCGAGGACAGCAGAUAUUGCUUUUUUUUCCACCUCAAGGAGAUGUUUCUAAUAUUUCUCAGAAUAAGAAAUGGAAACAGGCAUGACCUGAAGCAUUGCAUUUAUUUUUUUUUUUUCUUGCAGCCUAAUAUCUAGCGCUGGCUUAACCUGGAGCAGUACGCCAUAAUAAUCUUUGCUCUUUUCUGCAUGCGACAGUGACAUCACUUCUUAGUUGUUAGCUUAAGAAGGACACUGUAUGUGUCCGAAUGGAGCAAAGCCGCUGGAAUAAUAUAGAGGAAUCUUGUUUCUUUUUUUGCCUGCGGAAAGAUCUGCGGACACAUCUUGCAUGUUUGUGUGACAUGAUCAGGUACACGUUCAUGUUGAUUUAAACUAUGCUUGCAUGUUUUCAGACUUCUCAUGCUUUUUUUGCACCCCAAAGCCCGAGCCCGGAAUUUGCUCUGGUGUUUAUCUUCAUCCCGGCAUUUGGGAGAUCAGCAAAAAGUUCACCGCUGAACUGGCUUCCGCACGGACGUUCUUUGACCUCUGUACCUACAGGAUUCAUGAUCUCAUCUAAAGGUUGCUUUUUAGGAGGUUAAGUAGACUCAGAUAAUCUUAGAAGACCAUACGCUUUACAAGAGAUCAGGUAUGCAAACACAACACUUUUCGAAAACACGCAAGGUACAUAAGCGAUUACAACAAAGUGUGUAGCAGUUAUUCUCAGUUGAAUUCAGCUGCUCGGGACUGGCUGAACCCUGACAGCACAAACAACCGAGUAAGCAAAAUGUCAUCUCGCCACUGAAGGCCCAGCUGAUGCCCCUCAUUAAACGCAUCCGUCACUGACCAAAUGUAUGGUUACAGUUAAAUUGUUAAAUUAUAUACUAUGACUGUGUUCUGUAGAAGAAGGCCCCUUUGAUGCUUAUUUAUUUGUUUGAUUUGUUUGCUUGCUCUCUUACUGGUUUAAUUGGAUUGCUGACUGGUCCAGUAGCACUGGUGUGCCGGCUGUAUAUAUUUUCAGUAUCACGCACAAUAGAUGUGAGAAAAGAGCAUUGGGUAUGCGAUCGCAGUUCAGUCUAAUGGUGGCGCUCAUUUUAGAAGCGUUUCAGAAGUGCUGCCCGGAGUAUUGUUAGAAUAAUUUAAUAUAAUACUUUAAAAAUCACUUGAUUCAAUCAUGGCUCCCUCUGUUCCGAGAACUCAUCUAAUGAUCAUUGUCAGAAACAGACGCUGUCUUCAAUAAGGGGUACUGGGUGCAGACGUACCCUACAAAAUAUAAGGUCGGAAUAUUCUCGAAGGGUGAUUUAAUGCGAACGCCGAUGCGAGGAUGCGCUGUCAGUUAUUCCCAGCUGCGGUCUUCACUCCCUGUUUUUAUGCACUUUUUAGCGACGCAUCGUCAGGGGCUGAAAUGUAACUCACGAUGAGCUGAGCUGAUCGACAGCCUCCCGUUCUGGAGUCCGUCCAAAGGGAGCAGGAUGCGGGAUGCAGGUUUGCAGGGUAGAAAGUUUGCGUGGAGCAUUGGGCAGAUCUUUCUGUACCUGUCAGGUGGGGCUCUGUUCUCUCCAUUGAGACGGAGUUUUAACAGGCAUCUUGGCACCUCCAAUGCAAGAACCAGCUGAGUCGUCUGUAUGGGUCAAACAGGGUUUAUCUCUUUAAAAAAAAAAAAAGGCACAAUUGUAAUGCUUCCACAUU